UCCCGCGCGCCCCGCUCACGCUGUGGCCGGGGGUCCCCGCGCAGGCAGAGGCCACUAGGACGUGCUCUGCAACCAUAAAGGCGUCUUCCUGAUCCCGCGUUCUGGUAUCCUCCGUCCUCCCGCAACCCCAAAGGAUCGGAGUGGGCGGCCAGAGAUAGAUGGACGUGAACAACCAUCAGAGAGGAAAGGAACCAAGCGCUUUAAGGAAUUCGGAAUUUAAAAGGUGGCUCGGGCUGAUGAGGGUACUUCCUCUCCGAGGGUAGCCCUGCGUUCUCCUGUCCUGCCACAUCCCAAGGGCAGCCUUUCUCCAACUCUGCUUUCUUCAGAGUGGUCAACGGAACCCAACUGCUGGUAUGUGUUCGGCAAUGGCCAGAAGCCCGGAGUGUGACAGCGAGCCUGAUGGCGCCCAGGUGCACAAGCAAGAGGCAGGUCCAGAAUGUCCACACCGGCCUUGACCUGUCUGUGCCCCAACACCAGGAAGUGCGGGGCAAGAUGCUCUCUGGCCACGUGGAGUACCAGAUCCUGGUGGUGACCCGGCUAGCCGCGUUCAAAUCAGCCAAGCACAAGCCCGAGGACGCUGUUCAGUUCUUGGUCUCCAAGAAGUACAGUGAGAUAGAGGAGUUUUACCAGAAGCUGAGCAGCCGUUACACAGCCACCAGCCUACCCCCACUGCCCAGGAAGGUCCUGUUUGUCGGGGAAUCUGACAUCCGGGAGAGGAGAGCCAUGUUCAGCGAGAUUCUGCGCUGUGUUGCUGAGGAUGUCCAGCUGGCAGGCAGCCCGGAGCUGCUAGAGUUCUUAGGCACCAGAUCCCCAGGGCCUGCAGGUCUCGCCAGCAGAGAUUCCUCUGCCCUGGAUGACACAGGAAGCCAAAUUGAGGACAGUGAGGAGUCAUUUGACUUCUUUGAGCAGCAGGACCAAGUGGCUAGUGUGGGUCUGCCCAUCCUGGGCCAGAGAAGUGAGGCUGGAGAGAAGUCCUCGGAGGUGGAGGAAGAGGAGGAGGAAGAGGAGGAGCUGGAUCCCCUGGGCAUUCUGCGCUCCAAGAAGCCCAAGAAACGCCCCGAGGUGGCUGUGCAAGCCAAGCCCCCGCCCCGGCUCACCAUCUUUGAUGAGGAGGAGGACCCUGAUGAAGAGCUCUUUGGCCCAGGCAGGAGGCUGUCACCAAAGAGCCCCUCCAGGGGCGCACACGCCGUGGACUCCCUGAAGCUGUUUGAUGACCCUGACCUCGGCGGGGCUGUUGCCCUGGGUGACCCCUUGCUGUUGCCGGCCACCUGUGAGCAUGGAGGGCUCUCAUCCAGCCCAGAUUGCAGGGAGACAGCUGACGAGCUCUUCAGAGUUGAGGAGGACUUAGACCAGAUUCUGAACCUAGGGGCUGAGCCCAAACCCAAGUCCCAACCUAAGCCCAAGCCUAAACCCAAGCCACUUGUGGCAGCGAAGCCAGCACUGCCCAGAAAACCAGCUGUGCCCCCCAGAGCAGGCCCAUUGGAAGCUGAGGUCGCACAGCAGAAGCAGCAGCAGCGGAUCCAAGCCAUGGAUGAGAUGGACAUCCUGCAGUACAUCCGGGACCAUGAUGCACCUUCCCAGGCCUCCCCCAGCCUCUUCUGAUGCCCACAGGACGCUGACCUCUGCUGUACGCCCUGCCAUGGAGGCCUGUUUGGGGGCGGGUGGCAGGCGCCUGCCCUGUACGUCUAGUAUCUCUACUCCCAGACACAUAAGGAUGUCCACGCCUGGACCACGCCAUUCUCUUUUAUCUUGGGCUGUGGGCUUAAUUGAAACCCCCAGACUACAACGGGGGUCAUCAUAGGAAUUGAAGCUGUAUUAUGUCGGUGCAGCUGGGUAUGAAGGGGGGAAGAGGGGUUGCCUUGCUCACCAGGUGACUUGGGCGAGCUGUGUGGGGCCCCAUGGUGGUAUCCUAAGAGACAAAGACACCUGCCCACUGACCAGUCUCCUCUGGGGUCUAUGCAGCCUGGAUGCUGUGGCCUGGAGAGGACCCCACGCAGGAGAGUCUGGCUGUCUGGGCUGUCCUGAGCCUCCUGUGGGCCCAGCUCUGGGAAGAAGUUCGGCCCAGCCCUGCCUAUGGAGAGGUCUCUGAGCCUACAAGCCCACGUCUUCCCUCCACUUCCUGUCCCAGUGGCCUUCUGGAUACAGCCACUGCCCACCAGCAUAGCGCUCAGCAGCACAGGCUGGCAUGCCCCCUGGGCUCGGCCUUCUCCUCCCAAGGACAUGGUGCUCCAAGGCCUUCCCAUUCUCAGGUGUUGGUUUUCUCAGUGGCCUUUUACCAGGGCAGGCCAGCACCUCAGACGUGGCCUGGGCACACAGGGCUGGUACCAUGUGGCCUUGGGAACCAUGCCCUGAGUGAGUCAUGUUUUGUGGGUCAGAGGAUGUUGGGAUGCAAAUUGUGGGUACAUUCUCCAUGUUCAGAGCCAGUUUUUAAUGAAACAAUAAUUUUGAA